AUGGAUGAAGACGCGGAUUACGAGCAGAAUGCUGUCGAUGUGAGCAAAACAGUUCACCCCCUCAAAGAAGACAGUACUCAUCAGGAGCAGCCGACGUACCAGAUGCAGCCUCGUGCUGUGGAGGAGUUUCCUCGGAAGCAGAUGCAGAUGAUGUUGCAGAGGACGGUGAGUGCGAGACUGGAGGGGGAGAGGUACGAGAGUAAGGAGAGGGGGGCUUCCAUGGCCAGGGACAUGGUCGAGGUCAUACAGAGGAAAGUGAUCGACAGUCUGCAUUUCAUUGUGUCUGAGGACGACGAGAAGCAUCCAGUGGCAAACAGGUACCGACUGAUAUCACAAGUGCACCUGGGUGAGAAUUGCAACCAGGGAGUGGCCGCCUCCACCCGCACACUCGCUGACCCCCGAUGGGACAUGACGGUCCAUACAUCCUACUCUAAUGAGUCACUAUUCUGUGUGGCAACCAUAUACGCUGUAUACAAGACUUGA